AUGACAAAUGUUUUAUACCUGUUCACAAGCCUGCCUGGAUACUCAAGAUUCAGAUUCCUUGAGGAAGGAAAUGAUACAAAACCGUACCAAGAACCUUCUGGAUUCAAGCCUGGACAAAGCUCUUUAAACAAGCAGCCUGUAAAUAAGCAGGAGAAGUGCAAUGAAAAUUCUAAGUCCCAAGCAGAGAGGAGUGGAAGCCAGUCAGAAGGGAACCAGAAUCAAUUGGAAGGAUCUCAAGGCCAAUCAUCAGAAAAUCGACAUCAUUCAGAGAGAUCUCGUGGCCAGUCAGAGAGUUCUUGUGGCCAGUCAGAGAGUUCUCAGGGCCAGUCGGAAAGAUCUCAUGGCCAGUCGGAAAGAUCUCAUGGCCAGUCAGAAAGAUCUCAUGGCCAAUCAGAGAGUUCUCAUGGCCAAUCAGAGAGUUCUCAUGGCCAAUCAGAGAGUUCUCGUGGCCAGUCAGAGAGAUCUCGUGGCCAGUCAGAGAAAUCUCAAGGCCAUCAGAGAGAUCUCAAGGCCAGUCAGAGAGAUCUCGUGGUCUGUCAGAGAGUUCUUGUGGCCAGUUGGAGAGAUCUCCAGGCCAAUCUGAGAGAUCUGGUGGCCAGUCCGAGAGAUCUCGUGGCCAGUCCGAGAGUUCUCAUAGCCAGUCCAAGAGUUCUUUCUGAGAGAUCUCGUGGCCAGUCUGAGAGAUCUCGUGGCCAUCCCGAAAGAUCCCAGGGCCAAUCGGAGAGAUCUCGUGGCCAGUCAGAGAGAUCUCGUGGCCAGUCAGAGAGAUCUCGUGGCCAGUCAGAGAGAUCUCAUGGCCAGUCAGAGAGAUCUCGUGGCCAACCGGAAAGGUCUCGUGGCCAACCAGAGAGAUCUCGUGGCCAAUUAGAGAGGGCUCAUGGCCAGUCAGAGAGAGCUCAUGCCCAAACAGAAAGAUCUCGUGGCUACACAGAAAGAUCUCGUGGCUACACAGAAAGAUCUCAUGGCUAUAGAGAGAGAUCGCGGGGCUACCAAGAGAGAUCUCGUGGCUAUAGAGAGAGAUCUCACGGUAUACAGAGAGAUCUCGUGGCUACACAGAGAGAUCUCAUGGCUACACAGAGAGAUCUCGUGGCUACACAGAAAGAUCUCAUAGCCAAUUAGAGAGAUCUCGUGGCCACACAGAAAGAUCUCAUAGCCAAUUAGAGAGAUCUCAUGGCCACACAGAAAGAUCUCAUGGUCACUCAGAAAGAUCUCAUGUUCCAUCAGGGAGAUCUCAUGUCCUAUCAGGGAGAUCUCAUGUCUUAUCAGAGAGAUCUCAUGCCCCAUCAGGGAGAUCUCAUGUCCUAUCAGGGAGAUCUCAUGUCUUAUCAGGGAGAUCUCAUGUCUUAUCAGAGAGAUCUCAUGUCUCAUCAGAGAGAUCACAUGCCCCAUCAGGGAGAUCUCAUGCCCCAUCAGGGAGAUCUCAUAUCCUAUCAGGAAGAUCUUAUGGCCAAUCAGGGGGAUAUCGAAGACAUUCACCAACAGAAAGAGUCAAAACAUCACCCAAAACUGAAUCUGAUUUUGACAGUAGCUUCCAAACUCUGGCACCGGUCCCACGAAUGUUCUGAAUCCGGUGAGACAAAAACCAGUCCCUCAGGCAGCCCCCAGAGAAACCAGAACAUUGCAGACAUGGUCCACUUCUAG